AUGGACUUUGAAAUUUGCACGAUCGGUUGUGACUCUUUUUCUUGCGUUUCAAAGUGUAGAGAUGAAUUGGCUCAUAGUUUGGAGACCUGCCCUUGUUCCCAAAAAGACCAGUUUGGUUCUGAAAAUGAGGUCUUUCAGCGAGAGGAUUGGCAAAAUUUGAUGAACGCAUUUCGAGACGACUUGAAAUCGGAAAAAGAAAACCGAGAAGCAGCGGAGAGAGAGCUUGAUGAAUGUGUCCGGAAUUGGAAUUCUUCGAACUUUGAGCUUUACCAACUCAAAAAGUCCUUGUUCGAACAAAAUGCGAAUCUAUCAACUCUCAUCGAAAAAAAUGACGCUCUUCGGAAAGAGGAAGAAAGGUUGAAAACAAGAAGUUAUCGACUUUGGCAAAAACUCGAUAAUCAAACUUCUUUUCUUCAAGACUGUCAGGAUGGCUAUUCUCUCGCUACAACCGAAAACCGGGCAUUGGAGGAAGAAAUUGACGCAAUCAAAGCGAAUUUGACAGAUCUUCAGGAGAAAUACCAAGUUGUCAAAUCAGAGGAAGAAAGGCUAAAAACAAGGAGCUAUCGUUUAUGGAAAAAACUCGAUGAACAAACUGACGAUUUGGCAAAACUGGAGGUCAUAAGGGAAGUUUAUGUCAAUCUUACCUCAGAAAACGAACAUCUGACUGAGCUCAAUGAAAAUCUGACUGAAAUCAACAACGAUCUGCAAAAAAAUCUGUCCCUCCAACUGUCUGAAAUCGACCUUUUCCGACUAGAAAACAAAAAUUUAACGGAGCAAAAUGAAGAGCUAGCUCAAAAUGUUUCUAUUAUCGAAGCGCUCAAGAACGAAACAGAACUCCUCCGAGCAGAAGUUGAAAAAGUCAAGGAAAAUCUCAAAAAAGUCCGCGCUGAAAAAGAUGCCCAAAAAUGCGAAGUGCUGGAACGAUCUUCAAAGCCUCAAGUUCUUUCCAUGAGUAGCAGAGAAGGCAACGGGCACUAUCUCGACUACUGGGACUAUCGGAGCAACAUGUCUUAUCAGCAGAAAGACAAAGUUCUUGAGCUCAUUUCCCUUGGAGUCAAAAAGGUUAAUAUGAAGUUCAUGAAUUCGGAUCACUGGGAAAUAGCGAAUCAUGGUUGGAAGAUGAACUUUCAUCGUGGCGGCUUUGGCAGACGAAAGACCUUCUAUUUCUUCCUUGAGAAGAGUUACGGUUCUACCCCUAGCUUUUACUGCGUAGCCCAGCAUAUCAACGACGACAACAAAGUGUUCAAAACUGACCGAGUUCACAGCUGGGCCGAAGAUGGCAAGCAGUUCAUUAGUUUCAAGAAAGAUAGCCGUUGGGAUAAAUCAGAUAUUCGCCUGAAUUUGACUCUUUGA